CGAAAAAAUAUUUAUUUUUUGCUUAGGGGAAUCCGACCCGGCCCGAAAUUCCCUUUACUUGCACGUGUCGUCAUUGGCCUUUUGCGGCAAACGAUGACGACCACCGGCACAGCACCGCUCUUUCUGCAUUUCCUUCACUUACCCCAUGUCAGGAAACGAGGACGACUACAUCUACAAGAAGAGGACGAUUGCAUAGAGCGUGCGAUUUUUGUCGACGCAAGAAAAUACGCUGUAUGGCUACCAAUAAUCUUGCCUCGAUGCCUCGAUUUAUAAUGUGAAUUAUCAGGCGAUGGUGUGAAAAUGGAUGGAAGUGAGCGGUGCUCCAACUGUAAAUUGUACGAUGCAGAAUGCACGUACCUUGAAGCAGCACAAAAACGCACGGUAUCGAAGGGGAAUGUCGAACCUUUGGAUAAAAGGGUCCAAAGACUGGAUAGUAAUGCAAUGAGCAGUUUUGUUCUAGAAGGAGAAAAUUCCCGGCGAGCUUCAUCCCGUUUCGAUGAGCCUCCCUCUACCUCCGUGCCUCCGUCACACGACACAACGUCACCUCUCAUGCCUUUGAAAGAACUGGCUGCCACAGGGUGCUCUUCAAAUUUACCUAUUAGCGAUAUAUCAAGUAUAAAGCAGGAAGAGCCGGAAGAUUAUCUAACGCUCUCGGAUGACUUUCAACGGCUUGAAGUGCGAGAUGACUCGAUGUACCGAUUCUUUGGUAAAUCCAGCAGCGUUCAACUUAUUCAGACAGUCAUGGAUGUCAAACACGGAUAUGCAAGCACUGAAGAUUCAUGGCUUCCGCCCAGUCUUUUUGAUGCAAUGCGCCCGGAGUUUAGGACGAAACGAUCUUGGGAAUGGGUUAACACAGAGCCGUCCUAUGUGUGCACAUACACGUUUCCAUCAGAUGAUCUCCUAGCGGAUUUGAUUGAUAUGUUUUUAACGAAGAACGACGUAAUAUUCCCAUGCCUUCAUGGGCCUACGUUUCGACGAUGCGUCAAAGAUAAACUCCAUCUCAGAGACGAGAUGUUUGGCGCAGUUGUACUGUUGGUGUGCGCUAACGCUUCACGGCAAUCUGAUGACCCUCGAGUACUGCUUGACGGAGAGGAUUCCAAGCAAUCAAGUGGUUGGAAAUGGUUCAAUCAAGUCCAAAACACAAGGCGGUCACUGCUCGUACCGCCAACGAUACAUGACCUACAGUUUUAUUGUCUGUUCGGAGCAUUUAUUUUUGGCAUGUCUUCGCCACAGGCAAGCUGGACAGUAAUCGGAAUAGGACUACGGCUGGCUCAAGAUAUUGGAGCGCACAGGAAGCGGAACGGUCCGCCCACUGUGGAGAGCGAGAUGUUGAAAAAGGUGUUCUGGUGUCUAGUGGCAAUGGAUCGAGAUGCUAGUUGUGCAUUGGGUCGACCGAGCGGGAUAAAUGAUGAGGACAUCGAUGUCGGCUAUCUCAUCGAAUGUGACGAUGAAUAUUGGGAAAAUCCAGAUCCCGAGAAAGCAUUCAAGCAACCCCCUGGGAGACCAUCCAAGAUAGCUUAUUUCAAUACAGCUUUGAGAUUGAACCAGUUGCUUGGAUUCUGUCUGCGCACUAUAUAUUGCCCGAACAAAUCAAAGGUCCUUUUAGGUUUCGUCGGCAAAGAGUGGGAGCAGCAUAUUGUUUCCGAACUUGAUUCUGCAUUGAAUAAAUGGGUGGACUCCGUACCUGAGCAUCUCCGGUGGGACCCUCAUCGUGAAGACGAACUGUUCUUCAAUCAAUCUGUAUGCUUGUACACAUCGUAUUAUCACCUUCAAAUCCUUGUGCACCGUCCCUUCAUACCAUCUCCACGAAACUCGAGUCCAUUGCAAUACCCAUCGCUUGCGAUAUGUACGAACGCCGCUCGUUCAUUGUGUCACCUCUUAGAUGUACAACGACGAAGAGGUGGAUCUUGGGCGCAGCAUGCAUGUAUUCUCGACGCUUUUGCUGCUGGGAUCGUUCUGUUACUGAACAUCUGGGGAGGGAAAAAGUCGGGUCUUGCUCUCAACCCCAAGAAAGAAAUGCAAGAUGUCUUCAAGUGUAUGCAAGUGAUGAAGGAUAUGGAAUCGACUUACCAUUUAGCGGGACGAUUAUGGGAUUUCAUGUAUCAGCUGGCCAAUGCUAGUGACUUACCGCUACCUGAACAGAAUUCUCCACCAGCCCAAAAACGAAGCCGCGAUCAUGAUACAACAGGCAUAGCUUCUGACACUGAUUCGAGUCGGUCUCGAACCAACUCAUCCACUGAGGAAAUGUCUCCAUUCGCGCCUGAGAGUACCGAUUUCGUCGACUUCGGUGCGGGGGGCGUUCCUCAGCAAUCCCCCAGCCAGCCGCAUACCAACGGCGCAGCAUCGAACCCGGUAGCUGGGCCAUCUCAUACUCCUUAUACCUCCCAGGACCAUCUAUUUGGCUUACCGAUGCAUAGUGCUGAUUUGGGGAAGAUGCCCCUCCAUGGGUUGGUAAACUUCUCCGACGAGAUUCGGGAUCCAACCCAACAAUGGGCUGCGUCUGCUUCAGCAUAUAAUGCUGGCACGUCAUAUAACAUGAAUGUGCCAUCAAGUGUUCCGCAGGAUUUCACUUUUCCGGCGAAUAGCCCUGGGGAUCCUCUGUCAUCGUCGGCUACGUUCAAUCCGGAGCAGCUUGACGAUGAAGCCAUGGCCGUGUGGUCUAAUGCUCCGAACGGGUUUGAGUUGUAUGACUGGAUGGCGUAUCUUGAUGGAGUUUCUCAUGGAGGGUGACGUUUUAAAUUUGAAUAUUGAAAGCCCCAUCUUGGUUAAAAUCUAAAUCACAAAUAAUUCUGUAUAAUAACCAGUAUUUCAGAUAGAACUUGCUCCAAUGUCGUCGGUGACGUGGGAACUAAAUGUGAUAUAUAUAGGAAUUCAUGGUCAUGUGAUAGUCGCGUGUGUGUCGCGU